AUGUACCCAAGAGGUACAUGGAUACGUUUGGCGUUGUAUCAACUGAGCAAAAAUUCUGUGCAGUCUAUGCCUUGUGCGCGUUAGCUAGACACUCAGCGAUCUUUGCUCGUUUGAUGUACCACUACCGGAAAUCACAAACCGUUUAUCCAGCACCUUUUUAGAUCUAGCGUUAGCACACUUAUCCAACUAUCCAGUUGACAAUUACUGUAACGAUGCCCCCAUUCGGGCAGGGGGUCGGAGUGCUUAAUAAAACUUUCAUAAAGACGAAUCAUUGUAGCAACAGCAGUAGGCAGUCCCGAUCGAUGUCAGAAUAGCUCAUUUAAAACUUAAUUUGCGAGGCCAAAACAUCGUAUUAUUCGACAUCGACGGUCACAUUUUGAAGAUCCCCCACGCAAUAGUGUGUGGAGGUCAUGUUACAUAGACCCAGGACAGGACGACUAGGACCGUUGCAUCCUAAAUAGUACCUCGACAUGGUUACGAUCAUGCCUGAUCAAGCCGGCUUCGAGGAUGCCGCGAAUUUUACCUAUCCACACGUGGCGAUCUGCGGCAAUGGAUCCAGAUAGCUCGACCCAUUCUCUUCUUCCGUGACAGAGACCAAAUACAGAAGGUCCAAAAACCGCCUCCACGUCCUGGUGAACUGUACCGAAUCAUAUUUCGAGUUGACCUCCAUUUCGACGAUUCCAGGUGGGCAACAGUGCCGGAUUAAAGGCAGCAACUCUGAACUCAUGGGUUGGAAGAUGACGUAGGAUGCGUUCAAACCACAACAGUCAUCUUCUUGGAUGUUCGGAGUUAUCACUGCGAUGUUGUUACAGCGGAGACGGACUGUCUCAUUUGGGAUGAAGUCUUAGCGCUUCACUCGAAGAACGGUCCUCGAGCCACGGUGGUCAAACACCUCCGGCUUUCGUUCAUACUUCACAAGCGCAACUCAAGAUUUACAUCCGCAUAAGAAAAUCGAUCGGACCGAUGUUAGGAACAUGCACCUCUUUCUGGUGAUGUGGAUAUCGGGUUGGCCCAUAAACACUUUAUAAGGAUAGUAAAGUCAACGCGAGCAGCACCAAUUCCGGAGACGAUGUCAUUCUCACUAUGUCCACUGCGCAGUGGCCUCGCUCCUAGGUAUUUAAAUUGUCCAAUUCUUCAAGCUGACAUCCACUGAUCCCGCGAAAUGGCUUCUCCUGGUCAGGGAUGCAACUCGAAAACACAGUGUGCUUCCCGGUGUUUAUGGAUCAACAGACUGAUUUAACCAUCCCAGCUACCAGAGCUUGGCGGCAGCAGGGCCAUAUCGUCAGCGUAGUUGAGAUCAGUCAGACGACACCUGAGUGCAUAUUCAACAUUGUCGAAACUGCUUAUAUCCCUCCCCAAAAUCCAGUUAAUAUCAUAGUUACAUAGGACAGGCAAUAGAAUGCAAAAUUUUGCAUAUCAGACUUAAUAGUGAACGACGGGAAAAGACUGUUACUGACCGAAACAGGCGCAAUGAUGGAGCGAUAGCAGGCCCUGAUCACAACGAUGAUUUUUAUCGCUAUACCGUUUGGUUCCACUACCUACCAGAGGUAAUCAUGAUGAACGAAAUAAAACGCUGCGGCGAAGUCAUCAAAGCGGGGAACCGUCGUUCGCUGGCAGCCAAGCAUGCGCUGCAGUGUAGAUGUCUGGCCGAUGCAAAGACAUCAAGUCGGGAAGCGGACUGAGUUAGUUCUCGCCCUACAGUCAACCACUAUUGGAAGCCGUCUGAGAAUGACGAUUUCAAGGACCUGCGCGUCAAUAUUAUUAAGACAUACGCCGCUGUAAUUCUCGCAAUUUGUCUUAUUUUCAUUUUUGAAGAUGGGCGCAUCCGCGACCAAGUUCCAGCGAUAAGGAAAGAUUUCACCCACCCACGCUUGCACGAUUACCUCAUAGAGCAAGGAUUUCGACAUAGGACUUGUAGAUUAGCCGGGAUGUCGCCAUCUUCGGACCCCUGUUAUUAGUAUCGUUAUGUCGGAACUAAAGUUACCUUGGCUUUUAGUAUGAACACUGAAAAUUAAAAAUUACCACCCGUAGACAUGCACUGACUAAAAAGCGCCCUUCUGGCAUUUUGUUUUAGCAUUAUACCAACAUCCGGUUAGCUUGUCAUUGCCUUGUUUUCAAAACAGCCCAGGGUUUGGUGAGCAAAGAAAAGCCAACAUAUAUUCAAACUCCUUCCUCGAUGUUCAGCUUAGUCCAAUAAAAUGGUUUCCUAAACUUCCGAAUAAAUCAUAAUCCAAAGAGCAUGCUCAAAAUAAUAAGGUGGGAGCAGUAUAUUCCUUAGUUGACUUAUUCUCAUACAUCGUUAGUGAUUAUUGCAGUGGUGGAGAGAGGGAUGGAGGGACGGGCAUUCACAUAAUGGAGAAUUAUCGCCCUCGUUUGCGCAAAGACGAGCUCAGCUUCUGGCAAUACACAUCAGCGUUGGCUGUCUGAAUGGGAAUCCAACAGCUCAUAGUGGGCCACUACCUAGAUGUCCAACCACACACUCCGCAUGAUCAUUUUGGGAUGAAGGUCUCCCCUUUGUUCACGGGCUGGUUGGUCUUCACGACUGAUCCACUGACGACGACGAAGACAACGAUGACGACGACGAAGAUGAUGAUGAUGAUGAUGAUGAUGAUGAUGAUGAUGAUGAUGAUGAUGAUGAUGAUGAUGAUGAUGAUGAUGAUGAUGAUGAUGAUGAUGAUGAUGAUGAUGAUGAUGAUGAUGAUGAUGAUGAUGAUGAUGAUGAUGAUGAUGAUGAUGAUGAUGAUGCUAAUCGUUCUGCUGACGGAUACAUUUUCUGCCAUCAAUAA